GGCCUCAGAGCCCAGAAAAGGGAUCCCUUUGACCCAGAAGUCGCCUCUGCUCUUCUUUGCACACGCAGCUGUUCUUGGCUCGCCUAUAUAAAGCCAGCGCGCUCACCGGGGUCCCUUUCUGCCCUCUCCCCUCCUCCGCCGGGACUCUCCUAGCAGCACCAUGAGCUCCGUGGAGGCGGCUCGGCCUAUUUUCCUCCAGGGAGAGAACUGCAAGCCGUCAUGGAAGGAGGCAGCAGCUGGCUUCAAUCAGACGGACACCCACUUAGAGAUCUUAGGCAAGCCGGUGAUGGAGAGAUGGGAGACCCCUUACAUGCACUCUCUGGCUACGGUCGCAGCAUCCAAAGGUGGCCGGGUGCUGGAAGUGGGGUUCGGCAUGGCCAUCGCGGCCACCAAACUGGAAGAGUUCGACAUCGAGGAGCACUGGGUCAUCGAAUGCAACGAGGGCGUCUUCCAGCGGCUGCAGGAGGGGGCCCCCAAGAAGCUCCCGCAGGUGGUGCCCUUGAAGGGGCUGUGGGAGGACGUGGCGCCGACUCUGCCGGAUGGACACUUCAGUGGCAUCCUCUACGACACCUACCCCCUGUCCGCAGAAACCUGGCACACCCACCAGUUCAGCUUUAUCCAGGGCCAUGCUUUCCGCUUGCUGAAAGCCGGGGGUGUGCUCACUUACUGCAACCUGACCUCCUGGGGGGAGCUGCUCAAGACCACGUACACGGACAUCGAGACGAUGUUUGAGGAGACUCAAGUCCCGCGCCUGAUGGAGGCCGGGUUCAAGAAGGAGAACAUAAGCACCAGCGUGAUGGAUCUGAUCCCGCCCGAGGACUGCCGCUACUACUCCUUCCACAAGAUGAUCACGCCCACCAUCCUCAAAGAGUGAGCCGCCGCCCCCGCGCCCGCCGGCUCCGCUGCUGCGCCAGAGAGAGAAGAAAUCCGGCCCGCAGGAGGGAAAACUCCAUCAAGGACUGACUUUACAAUCCAGGGAGGGGAGGGAAUAUUCGUCGCGCGGUUGGUACUAAGGAGGGAAGAUUAACAUAUCGAUUUGACUUUUUUUUUGGUGGUGGUGGGGAAGUAUAGCUGACAAGUUAGAACGAGGGUCUGUAGUAUAGUACUAGAAUUCAGGACUCCUGCCUUCUAUUUCCAGCUCUGUCACGGAGCUGCUGGUGCCUAUAAGCAAGUCACUACCCCUCCGUGCCUAUAAGCAAGUCACUGCCCCUCCGUGCCUCACUUCCCCCCAUCUACAAUGCAUAAAUUAUCCCAUUCCUGCCCCCACCCUCCCAAUACUUUGAGAUCAAUGGCUGUAAGAGGCUGCUAUUUGGUUCAAGAAGCCUGCCCCAAGGGCAGAUCCCUUGUGAGAUGGCCUAUGCGGCGAUCUGACGCAUUUCACCUUCAUUUUUAAGAUUAUUUUUACGGUCGCUUCAAGUAAAAUUCAGGAGGGAGCUGCCGGUAACUUGACCGAGGGAUUUCCAAAUCCAGAGGUUGCCUGUGGAACAGUGGCCUUGUCAGAGGCCAAAUCAACACCCUCCACGCCAAGCUGCGUAAAGUUCGCUCCAACCCAGUUUAAUUCUGGACGCCGGACAUUUGUAUUUGUGUAAUUAAAUAAGAUUCAGAUAACGCCCAGGGGAAUCUCUGCUCACCUUUAGGGCUAAGAGCCUGUUCUUAAGAUUUUACUAAUGAAUUCUUAUGACUUUCCUGGAAGUUUACCAGCACAUGAAUCUACACUGAUGCGGUGGACUUGCUAUUAAUGCAAACACUAAAGACAUUAAAUUGACUGAAACCUACA